GGCGUUGGCGGUUAAUCAGAGGCGUGGAUGUGUUUACAAGAUGUUAAGUUGUGUUCUUUCCAUCUUUACCUUCUGAGGGCUUCUUACGCCUCUCGGUGACGGGUGCAAAUCAUGACACAAAAGGGCAGUCUGAAGCCAGUGAAGAAGAAGAAAACCGAAGAACCUGAAUUGGAGCCCUUGUGCUGCUGCGAGUACAUAGAUCGGAAUGGGGAAAAGAACCACAUGGCUUCUUGUUUGUGUGAUUGCCAAGAUCUGGAUGAAGGGUGCGAUAGAUGGAUUACAUGUAAAUCUGUGCGGCCAGAGACUUGUGAAAGAAUCAUGGAUACAAUUUCUGAUCGCCUCCGAAUUCCUUGGCUUAGGGGAGCCAAAAAAGUUAACAUCAGCAUCAUUCCUCCCCUGGUCCUCCUGCCUGUCUUCCUGCACGUGGCUUCCUGGCACUUCCUCCUGGGGGUGGUGGUUUUGACCUCCCUUCCUGUGCUGGCACUGUGGUACUACUACCUCACUCACAGAAGGAAAGAACAGACUCUGUUUUUCCUGAGCCUCGGACUGUUCUCACUGGGCUACAUGUACUACGUGUUCCUGCAGGAGGUGGUCCCCAAAGGGCGUGUGGGCCCCACUCGGCUGGCUGUUCUGACCUGUGGGUUAUUUCUGAUACUCUUAGCCUUGUACAGAGCCAAGAAGAAUCCAGGCUACCUCAGCAAUCCCACUAGCAGGGAGAGAUCUCUAAGUGGCAGCCAGUUGGAAUGCCCGGACAGAAAAGGGCAGGAGAAGACCAAAGGCUUCCCCGGAGCAGACACAUCAGGAAGUCUCAAUAACCGCACGCUGAAGGAUGACCUGAAGGGCUCUUCCAGGAUGUUGGCUGCAAGUCCCACUAAGGUGAAGGAGGACUGGUGUGCCAAGUGUCAGCUGGUGCGGCCGGCCCGGGCCUGGCAUUGCCGGAUAUGUGGCAUCUGUGUGAGGCGAAUGGAUCAUCAUUGUGUCUGGAUAAAUAGCUGCGUUGGAGAAUCAAAUCAUCAAGCAUUCAUACUUGCCCUUUUGAUCUUCUUGCUCACCUCGGUGUACGGGAUCACACUGACCUUGGACACCAUUUGUAGAGAUAGAAGUGUCUUCACAGCUCUCUUCUACUGCCCUGGAGUUUAUGCAAACUACAGCUCAGCCCUGUCCUUCACCUGCGUGUGGUACUCUGUGAUCAUCACAGCGGGUAUGGCCUACAUCUUCCUGAUCCAGCUGAUAAACAUCAGCUACAACGUGACCGAGAGGGAAGUCCAGCAGGCCCUCCGGCAGAAGACUGGGCGCCGGCUCCUCUGGGGGCUCAUCGUGGACACAGGCCAGUACAACAGGGGCUUCCUGCGGAACUGGCACCAGUUCUCCACGCUGGGCACACGCGCGUUCCCCCACCCUGCCGAGGACAUUGUCUGAAGUGCCUUCUGUGGGGCUUGCUGAGGGGCCGUGGCUCCUCCCUCCAUCUCCCUUUCAUUUUACACUUCAGUGUCCACGCGGGAUGUUCAUUUUAUCCCAGUUUCUUAAAGGGAACAUAGGGCCAUGCUCAGGUUUAGAGACGGGACUGGGAAGAAGUUAAUUUUUCUGACUUCACAACGUAAGAGGUUUUUAUAGUGAAGCAGUAAAAGUAGAGCCAUUCCUUGCCAGUCACCUUAUUAAUUGACUCAGUCACCAGAAGGUGGAAAGGAUGUGGAUUGCUAAUGCACAAAUUGAGAGAAGCAAUUCCCAUCCAUUAGUGUGGGGUUUUGGAUAGUUUCUAGUCCCUCUUUCAAUUUUUAAUAGCCAUGUGACCCUUAGUUGAGUCACUUUCCCAAGUCUCAGGGUCAUCUGUAAAGUGGGGUACUAAUGCCUGCCAUGGCUACCUCACGGAGCUGUUGUGGGGGUCACGUGAGGAUGAGGGAUAUGGAAGGCACACAGAAACAACUAAAGCCCCAUGAGAUAGGAAGUAUUUUUAGGAAAAUCCUAAGACAUAAGGAAAAUGUUGCCGGGUAUUGUGGCGGGCACCUGUAGUCCCAGCUACAUGG